AUGAAGACCCCUUUCAGCGUUCUCCUCCUCGCCUCUGUUCUUUGUUUUGGACCAGCUCUAGCUGUUAUCACCAUAGAUAACUGGAGUUACGCAGGAGCUGGUGACACAGAUCAAGAGUUUUGGAAAGACAUCCCCGGAUCAUUCUGUGGUGAUUCCUCGCAGUCGCCUAUCAACAUCGACACAAAAAAGACCAGCGAUAUCGGACUGGCUCCAUUCAAUCUUCAGUCGUACGACACCACCAAGCCUGUCACAAUCGAAAAUAAUGGUCAUGCAUUGGAAGUUGUAUUAUCUAACGGCGCUGGAGAGGGUCAGUACGAUAUUACCGGUGGUGGGCUGAACGGGACAUUCAGAGCUGUCCAGUUCCACUUCCAUUUCGGUUCUAACGACAUGAAGGGAUCAGAACACACGGUCGAUGGAAAACGCUAUCCCGCUGACAUGCACAUCGUUCAUUACGAUACAGCAUACGGUAGUGUCAACGAAGCUAUAAAGAAAAAAGGAGGUAUCGCAGUACUCGGAUUUUUCUUAGAGAUAUCUAAUCUCCUCUCAAUUUUGUCUUUAUCAGAUACGCAUCAAGAGAUGGAAAAUUUCACACUUUCUGACUUGCUACCAUCAUCGCUUGAUAAAUUCUGGCGAUAUGACGGUUCGCUGACUACCCCUCUAUGCAACGAAGUCGUGACCUGGACUCUCUUUGAAGACACCAUCGAAAUUUCAAAUAAUCAGGUAAUAAUCGGUCACAAAUUCCAUUACGAACGGCUACGAACGCCGUACAAACGAUUUUCAGACAAUGAAAAUUUGGGAAGAUGGAAAAACAGGGAGAUUCGUACGAACCUUUGUGACCGUAGCAUUAGUGAUCAUGAUUAAAAUUAUAUCUGCAGUCGAGUGAAUAUUUAUGUUACAUUUAUGAUACAAUACUGGGAAUAUACAUUUAUUUAUGGAUGAUAUAGUAAAACUAUUUAAAUGACGUGUCAGAUGCAGUUGUCAUUUCUAACG